UGUCUUGCUACGCACGUCUUUAACCAUCAGUUAAUUUGUAACAAGACAAUUAAUUAAGUUAAAAAUCAGUAAAAAAAAAUCGGUUAGUUUAAAGGAAGGGCAGUCUGAAUUUCUUAAUAUAUGUACACCAACAUUAUCUUUCCACGAUAUGAAGCCUUUGCUCUCUGGCUCCGCACAGACAACCUGAUCCACGACGGACCCUGAAGGAUGAAACGAGCGAACCUCCGCCCGUCAUCAGUCGAUGUUUAGCUCAUUUAAACUAGCUGGCAGGCCAGCGAGUCAAGGAGAGGUAGUUAACAAUCUAGUCAGGGAUAGAUAGUUAUCCAGCUAGACAGGGAUAGAUAGUUUGUCAGCUCGUCAGGGAGAGAUAGUUAGUCAGCUCGGCAGGGAGAGAUAGUUAUACAGCUUUUCCGGAUAACUAGUUAUCCAGCCUGUUAGGGAGAGAUAGUUAUCCAGUUCGCUUGGCGGUGUUGUUGUCUUACAGAGUCGUUAUCCUCGACUCUGAAGAAGACCCUGAAGGAUGAGAAGAGUCACUCUGUUUGUUAACGGGACGUCCAAGAAUGGGAAGGUUGUAGCAGUGUACGGGACCCUGUCAGACCUUCUGUCCGCAGCGAGCAAUAAGUUAGGGAUCCGAGCUUCCAGUUUGUUCAACGGCAAAGGAGGUCUGAUUGAUGACAUCUCUCUGAUCAGAGAUGACGACGUGCUGUACGUCUCGGAGGGAGACUCGUUUGUUGACCCUCAGGAUGAGGUCAACGCCGUGUCGGUCAAGCCUGGAGCCCCUUCUGAUUGGCUGACGCUGAACAUCGGGGGUCGCCUGUUCACCACCACGCGAAGCACCCUGGUUUCCAAGGAGCCAGAGAGUAUGCUUGCCCACAUGUUCCGAGACAAAUGUGUGUGGGGAAACAGGCAGGAUGAGCAUGGAGCCUACCUGAUCGACCGCAGCCCUGAGUACUUUGAGCCCAUCCUCAACUACCUGCGACAUGGACAGCUCAUUAUCAACGAAGGAGUUAAUAUCCGCGGUGUCCUGGAAGAGGCUCGCUUCUUUGGGAUUGAGCAGCUAGGCGACCAGCUGGAAGCAGCUUUAAAGAACACACAGCCCCCAGAUGACCACUCUCCCAUCUCCCGCAAGGAGUUUGUUCGUUUUCUACUGGCCACGCCCACCAAGUCUGAGCUCCGAUGUCAGGGUCUUAACUUUAGCGGGGCGGACCUCUCUCGGCUGGAUCUGCGCUACAUCAACUUCAAGAUGGCCAACCUGAGCCGCUGCAACCUGACCCAGGCCAACCUCUGCUGCUCCAACCUGGAGCGGGCGGACCUCUCUGGGGCCAACCUGGACAGUGGUAAUCUACAAGGGGUGAAGAUGCUCUGCUCCAACGCAGAGGGGGCUUCUCUCCGGGGGUGCAACUUUGAGGAUCCAUCGGGUCUGAAGGCCAAUUUGGAGGGUGCUAACCUGAAGGGGGUCGACAUGGAGGGCAGCCAGAUGACGGGCAUCAACCUGCGCGUGGCCACCCUGAAGAACGCCAAACUGAAGAACUGCAACCUGCGGGGCGCCACUCUGGCCGGAACAGAUUUGGAGAACUGUGACCUGUCGGGCUGUGAUCUCCAAGAAGCCAACCUCCGAGGGUCCAACGUGAAAGGAGCCAUCUUCGAAGAGAUGCUCACUCCUCUGCACAUGUCCCAGAGCGUCAGAUGAUUCUCCCUCCCUCCCUGGAAUACAGGAGGUACCACGCGGGCCUCCAUGCAUCCAGCUCUCUUAAGUUUAGCUUUAAACACCUUGCACUACAGUUUACCCAGGGUUCUAUGUGUAUAAAUGUUCUUGUUUUUUUUCCUGUUAUUUUUAUUUUAGAAGUUCAGCUCUAUAUUCGUGCUUGUCAAGGAAUCAAUGUAAUGUCUCAUGUGGUUCUGUGCGUCUGGAGACCAUGUGAGGGGUGUUGGUGUUGUGUUGUUCAUUACUUAUACCGUACUUUACAUUUUACUGGGAGCCACACAUGACCGGACGCUCCGGUGUGUAGUCAAACUUCUAACCAAUGUAUUCCUACAAUCCGUAAGGUCUCCAUCUUAGUGAUCACAUGUCAUCUCAAGGUCAUCUCAGGGUCAACGCACACGUUGUCCCUGAUUCUGACUGCUUUGUUAGACAUCAACAUGCGUCUGUAAUUCCUGAGAAAGUUCAGGAAAAUAUAUCAGUUUGUCCUAAAUAUGAAAUUCUUAAAAGUAAUUUCCUGUUUAAGGUUAAGGUUUCCUGGUUAAGAAAACAUUGCGAUGGACUCUCCAUAUAUGAACGGAUUGUAGGCCUGCGUUUAGGGAUGGAAGGGGGUAAGCUGGAAACAUACUGCAGCCAUACUUUGUCAGUGGCCAGAUAUAUGUGAUCCAAAGCCAUAUUCUAUAUUAUAUAUUAAAUAGGACGUAAAGAGAGGCUGAACGGGCUGCUAUCUUGGGUUAAAAAUAUGCUGCAGAAAUACUUCCCAGCUCAACGUUGGUAUGCAAUAUGAAUCUUUAUCUUUUUUGAAUAAUUUAAGUUGUGGCCCACCUCUCUACCUGACCUACCUCCAGGGUCCUGGGGGGGACCGGCUGUAUCGCAUGCACUUACCUGGGGUUGGGACUUUAAACCAUUGUAUGUCAAUUAUUAUGAUUCCAAUGUUCUAGGGAACAGUUUCUCUUCAUUUUUCGUCAUGUCACCGUUGUGUUAAUGUUUUAGUUAUUGUUGCAAUGUUCUACAUGUAAAGCUGCAUAUCAUGUACUCGUUUGACUUGCGCUUUGCACAAAUAAUUCUAUCAUAUCUUGACAUGUGACACCAAAAAAAAAGCAAGCAUACGUCUUCUCAUGUUGUAAAGGGUCCGGUUCUUCCAAAGCCCCACAGAGGGGUCAGACGUUUUAGCAACGUCCAUUCAGUCGCUGCUGGAAAGCAUCUCUGUGCACAAUUUAAAGAGCGACUUUUCUUUUAUUCUCUCUUUUUAAUCUUCUGGCUAUAAGCUUUUCAGAUGCAAUAUUAUUCACUGUGUUCACCAUGAGGUACUCUACCUGUGGGAGUGAUCGACGAGGCAAUCAGACUUAAUAUCUCAGCGAGGGCGUAGAAUCAGAGGCUGCAAUAUUUAUUUUCAUACAUGGUGCCGGGUUGAAGAUGGGGGCACGGGGUUUGCAGAAGACGGGUCAUAUAAGCACCAUGUCUAUAAGCAUUUCACUUGACUAUGGAAAUAUAGAUUUCCAUGAAUGACUGUUAAGUGGGAAAAAAAUAAAUAAACGGUUACAAAAAGGAUUUGAAUGUUUUGUGACUU